AUGGCAGCCGCACCUGGCUCAGGGUCGGCCCCAGAGGGCGCUGCGCGCCUGAUGAUCACACAGAUGGUGUUGGAGAACUUCAAGAGCUACGCGGGGGCGCAGAGCGUGGGCCCCUUCCACAAGAGCUUCUCGUCGGUGGUGGGCCCCAAUGGCAGCGGCAAGUCUAAUGUCAUUGACGCCAUGCUCUUUGUGUUUGGCAAGCGUGCCAAGCAGCUGCGCCUGAACAAGGUGUCGGAGCUGAUCCACAACUCAACCUACCACCGUAACCUGGAGCAAGCGCGCGUCUCGGUGCACUUCCAGGAAAUUGUGGACAUUGAUGACGAGCGGUACAAAGUGGUGCCCGGAUCUGAGUUUGUGAUCAGCCGCACCGCACACCGCAACAACACCAGCAACUACUACAUCGACGACGCCAAGUCCAACUUCAAAGAGGUCACAGAGCUGCUCAAGGACAAGGGCGUGGACCUGGACAACAACCGCUUCCUAAUCCUUCAGGGUGAGGUCGAGCAGAUCAGCAUGAUGAAGCCCAAGGGUCAGAGCGAGCACGAGACAGGGCUGCUGGAGUACUUGGAGGACAUUAUCGGCACUGACAAGUACAUCCCACUGCUCGAGGAGAGCUCAAAACGGCUGGAGGCGCUGAGCGAGCAGCGACAGAGCAAGUUGCAGCGAGUCAAGGCGGCGCAGAAGGAACGGGAUGGACUGGCUGGGGACAAGGAGGUGGCGGAGAUGUAUCUGGCCAAGGAGCGAGAGUGCCUGGGCCAGCAGAGCAUGCUGGCACAAUUGCUUGUCAGCAUGGCCAAGCAUAAUGUGGACAAGAUCGAGUCCAACCUGGCGCGCCUGGAGGAGAAGCUGGCCCAUGAGAAGGAGAAGUUCAAGGAUUACGACAAGGCGCUCAAGGAGCAUGAGGAGAAGUACAAUGUGGUCACCGGAGAGCAUCAAGUCAUUGCCAAGGAGCUGGAGAAGGCGCAUGCCACCUUCAAGGAGUUUGAGCGCAAGGACAUCAAGUACAGGGAGGACCUCAAGCACCUGAAGCAGAAGCUGAAGAAGGUGGAGGAGAAAAUGGCCAAGGACGGCACGAAGGCUGACGAGCUGCAAGCGGAGCUGGCCCGGUUGCAGGAGGAUGUUCCUGCGCUGCAGGCUCGUACAGCUGAUCUGGAGCUGCAGUUGAUCAAGGCGCAGGAGGUGCGCACCGGCCUGGAAGAGGGCAUCCACGCCGAGGUGGAGGGGUACCGCGCACAGCUGGAGGGCGUGAAGGCUGCCCUGGCACCCUGGGAAAGGCAGAUGAAGGAGGUGCAGGCGCGCAUCGAUGUGGCUGCAAGCGAGCAUGGUCUGCUGACCAAGCAGCACGAGGAUGCCAAGAAUCGGUUCGCAUCUGCGCAGCUGUCGCUCAAGGCGGCACAAGAGACGACGCGCAACAAGGCAGGGCAGGUCAAGGAAAUGGAGGCGGCAGUGGAAAAGUACAGGCGCCAAGCGGAGAAAGCGCGGCAGGAGGAGGCUGCGGCAGCGGCGCAGAUGGAACAGCUGGAUGAAGUGUUGCGCGAAGUGCGCGGUCGCGUGGAGCAGCGGCGCACUGACAUCAACAGCCAGGCUUCGCAGGGCGCGGUUGUCAAGGCGUUGAUGGAGGCGCGGCAACGCGGCGAGAUUCAUGGCAUUUAUGGCCGGCUUGGCGACCUGGGUGCCAUUGCCAAGGAGUAUGACAUCGCUGUCUCCACCUCCUGUCCCGCACUUGACUACAUCGUGGUAGACACCACGAGCGCUGCGCAGCGCUGUGUGGAGCUUCUGCGGCAGCGCCAGCUGGGCGUAGCCACCUUCCUCAUCCUCGAGAAGCAGCAGCACCUGGCAGGGACUGUCAGAGAGAAGAAGCAGCCGCCAGAAGGCGUGAAGCGGCUGUUUGACCUGGUCAAGUGCCCCGACGACAGGCUGCGGGUUGCCUUUUACUUUGCCAUGCGCGACACUGUGGUGGCGCAGGAUCUAGAGCAGGCCUCACGCAUUGCUUAUGGGCAGGACCGCCGCUGGCGCCGUGUCGUCACGGUCAAGGAGCUGGCAGCAGCAGAGCAGGAGCUGUUGGCGAGCCAGGAAGCACUGCGGGACGCGCGGGGCCGGCUGUCGGAUGCUGGUGCCGAUGCCAAGAAUGCUGAGCGCAUGUUGUCAGACCUGGAGACAGCCAUCCCCAAGACGCGCAUGGAGGCGGAGGCUGCCCAGGCCACCGCCACCGACCUCCAGCAGCGGCUGGGUGAGCUUGAGGCGGCAACGCGGGUGAGCUGUGAGGAUGCUGCACGGCUCAAGGCGCUGGGAGCCGAGAUGGCGCAGGAGGAGAGGGCGCUGGCAGAGCUGCGGCGCAAGUCGGAGGGGCUGUCGCGGCGUGCCGAGGAGCUACAGCAGCAGAUUGUAGGAGCGGGCGGCGAGAAGCUGCGGCGGCAGCGUGCACUCUGCAACAAGCUGCAGGAGGACAUCACCGCCUGCGAGAGUGAGGCCACCAAGAAGGGAGUGCAAAUUGGCACCACCCAAAGGCAGCUGGACAAGCUGGCCAAGGAGGCGGGCAAGGCGGAAAUGGAGCGCGAGAAGCUGAUGGCGCAACAGACGGCGGCUACUCAGGAGCUCAAGGACCUGGAGGAGGCUGCUUUGAAGGUGUUGGAGGCGGUGGAGGCCACCAAGGAGGCACUGGCUGCCAAGGACGUGGAGCUGACUGCCAUCCGCACCGAAUUUGAGCAGAGGAAGAAAGAGCUGUCCAUCAUCCGCCAGAUGGAGGUGGACAUUGCUGGCAAGAUUGAUGAGCAAAAGGUAGCGCACAAAGAUGAGCGUGGCAAGCUGAAACACUGGGGCUCCAAGGCCAAGGAGUAUGGGCAGCUUAUUGCGGAGCGCGAUGGCGCUGAACCGGCACCGCUGGAUGAGGUGGCGCUCGGGAUGGUGGAUCCCAAAGACGUGCAGUACCGUAUCACCAUCCUGGAGGAGGAGAUGGGAGUGAUGGAGGUGGACCUGGAGGCCAUUGCCAAGUGGCGGGCUGCAGACGCAGAGUACAGCAACCGGGCGCGCGAGCUGGAGGCUGCCACCGCGGAGCGCGACGAGGUGCGUCGUGAGCACGAAGAGCUGCGCAAGCGGCGGCUGGACGAGUUCAUGGCUGGUUUCAACGUGAUUGGGCUAAAGCUCAAGGAGAUGUAUCAGAUGAUCACGCUGGGUGGCGACGCCGAGCUGGAGCUGGUGGACUCGCUGGACCCCUUUGCAGAGGGCAUUCUAUUCAGCGUGCGGCCCCCGAAGAAGAGCUGGAAGAACAUUGCCAACCUGUCGGGCGGCGAGAAGACGCUGUCCUCGCUCUCCCUUGUCUUUGCGCUGCACCACUUCAAGCCCACUCCACUUUACGUCAUGGAUGAGAUCGAUGCUGCGCUGGAUUUCAAGAAUGUGUCCAUCGUGGGCCACUACAUUAAGGAGCGCACUAAGAACGCGCAGUUUGUCAUCAUCUCGCUGCGCAACAACAUGUUUGAGCUGGCUGACCGCCUGGUGGGCAUCUACAAGACAGACAACGCCACCAAGAGCGUGGCUGUCAACCCACAUGAGUUCCGCGUGGGUGCCAACAGCCAGAGGCAGUGCGGCGGCGAGGGAGCGGCGGCAAGGGUCGCAGAGGAGGAGCAGCAGCAGGAGCAGCAGCCGCCACAAGUGGCCACAGCCUGA